AUGCAAGACUCGUUUGCGGAUAAAAUUUAUAUUGAUACUGUGACGAUUUUUGAAGAUUUAUCAAAUGAAUUACUAUUUAAUAUAUUCGAAUAUUUUGAUGCCUAUCAACUUCAUUUAACUUUCAGACAAUUGAACCAUCGUUUCAAUUCUUUACUUACUAAAGUUCGCGUCCAUUUUGAUCUUGAUCCUAUUCCAUUAAAUGAAUUUUUUUCAUUUGUUCUCUCACUCAAUCAUCAUCAAAUUCUAUCGUUUACCUCACGAAAAUUAGAAAAGACACGUUCGUGGCUGUUUGAUAACGAUGAAGUCUUGCAGCAAUUUUCUAAAAUUUCUGCACUUACUCUGUUCGAUGUAACUUAUGGAGUUAUUAAUCGACUGCAUGAACGUCUUCCUAGCUUGAAGAGUACACUUAUCUAUGUGAACGUUGCCGAUACAACAAGAACAACCAUAAAUGGUCAUAAAAAUGAGCAUAUUUACUUCAAACAUUGGUGUCCAACACAUGAGUUUUGUUCGGAUAAAUUUUUUUCUCUUCGUUAUUUGAUCAUGGAUACCGAUUACAACCAUCAAGCAUUCGGAUUGUUAACUCCAACAAUAUCAACAAUCACAUAUUUUAAGCUAGGCUACAUUUAUUCUAUUAUUUGGCUUCUUCAUCUCUUUCGUUAUUCACCGCAACUAAAAGUAUUACAUGUAGAACAGUUCGUCGGUGUGUUAGAUGAUGAUGAUCGUCAAAAUCGUUAUCCAAGCAAAAACCCAAUCAUAUUUCCAUGUGCUCUCAAUAUGCAUAUUGUUGUUCUUAGGAAUUGUUAUUGUGAACCAAUUUCUAUUGAAUAUAUUCUUCGUGCAUGUCCAUAUCUAAAACAAUUCUAUUCAAAUUCUCCAUUGGAUUAUUCUAAUUAUGAUGACAAGAUUCGAAAACAGCUAUGUGAUCCCAUCUUUUGGCAAUCAAUGAUUGAUCAAUGGGGACAACAUUUAAUUAAUCUAAAUAUAACUAUCAAAGGUGAUGAAUCGUUUAUAAAUGAAGAUCUUACUAGUGCUUUCUGGCAACUUAGAUCUUGGCAAGUGAAAACCUUACAUUCGCCACCUUACUUCAUUAUUAGGACUAACGGGAAAAUUCUCGACAGUUCUUUGUUAUCUACAAUAUAAAUAUUAAAAAAACAAUUUUUACAAAUUCUGAAUGUUGAACAUAUCUUUUAUCAGACGUAUCUUGACGAUGUAGGUGCAUAUCCAUGGGCGGCGCACCAGCAAGCAACGGGCCAGCAAUUGCAUCCCCUAAGAAAAAUUUGGGGAUGCAAUAAAUUUUUAUUGCGUCCUGAAAUUUUUUGUGCUUUUUUCGUAUAUUAGAGAAAAACUGUCUAAUUCAGUACACAUAUUUAAUACAAUCUCGUAGUUAAUAUACAAGUGUUGAUCAAUGUUGUCUUAUGAAUCUAUAUUUUGUUAUUUUGAUGGAUAUAUUCUAGACAGUACAUAUCCGACACGAAAUCGUUUAAGUAAUACAUAAUCAUUUUUAUAAUUUUUGACACCCUCCUUUCAGAGCAAAAACUAUUCAAAGCCUCACAUUUGACCAACACUACUAAUGUAGCCUUAGAUUAAGUCUCGACUUUUUAAAAUUGUGUGCUGAUACUUAAAUGAUCCUUAUCUAUUUUCAUUGACAGAAUCGAAGUUAUAUUAAAUAGCAAAUAAUUGGUGGAGCAUAAUGACAACUCUUUUUCUGCUGCUUGUUUUCAAUAAAAUUGAGUUUUUCAUUGUUUGUUUUUCGUGAAAUUUAAUUUAUUUCAAAAUGUUUUUUUUUCUUCGUCUUUUCUGGAUAUAAAAUCGACUACAACUGAACAAGAAUGAUUAUCAUCUUUAGCAUUAAUAAAUAUAGAAAAAGUUUAUCAAAUCGAUAUUGAUCCUGUUGUAGCCGAUUUUAUAUCAAAAAAAGAUGAAAGAAAAAAAAUAUUUUAAAAUUAAAUAAAAGAAUUGUAUAUUUUUCUUGAACAAAAAUUUUUUUUUUCUACUAUUAAUACAUAUUCACGAACACUUAUAAUUAUAACUAUUCGAAGAGUUAAAAAUGAAAGAAGAUUCUUAUAUCUAUAGCUCUUUCAAAAAGAAGCAGCUUUUAAAAUAUUCGGAAAACUUUUAUGUGAGUAUCAAGUCUCACACCCAAUGAUCAGUGGACGAAGACAGUUAGAAAGGCGAACACGAGUCUUUACUAACUCGUUCUGAGUAAAUUUGUUCUCAAGAAAAAACGUUAGCUUGUUAUAAGACUCUUAAUUUAUCCUCUGAUGAAUUAGUAUGCAAGCUUUCAGCGAUAUGAGUUUGAAAAAUUAACCCUUU